AUGAGAGAAGACGAUGGAAGAUUGAACGUGAUUGUGGGCGACGGAGAAAAAUUAGUAGCAGCGGAUGCAGAGGCCAUCCAGGAUUUCAACCGAAUGUGUCGGGACCUUUAUAGACUUCACAUGCGAGUUGAGGAUGAGCAUGCGUUCUACGGAAGAUUAAUCAGUUUGGACGCGAUUGUUGUACCAGCCCACAUCGCGAUGAAAGAAAAGACUAAAAUCAUCGAAGUCCAACGCAAGGAAACUUUCACGGUCAAAUAUACCGGGACGGACCAUAACGAACAAAAGGUCACGGCUAGGAUAGUCGACAAAGGAACGAAUAAGGAGAUCGACUCGUACAAUCCUCUAGCAGAUAAGUCAGUCAAAAACGAAAUUGGGGAAAGAUCAAAGACAGAAGUCAACGAGGCGCUACAGUUCAUUCCCCCGGAGGAGCGUCACAACCCACGAGUCCUCAUUCAGAUGAUGAAACACGUUGUGUCUAAGGUAGCGACCGAAGAAGACGCAUGGGUCCGAAUUAAGGUGGGCACGAACGAAGACCAUUUGGCAUACACAUAUACAACGGAUGGAAGGCUGUUGACAAAAGAAAGAAUCCGACCGAAACCGACAGCGGACCCAGACCCGGCUAAACGAAAAUUAGACGAUUAUGAGUCGACCCUGAAAUACACUGACGGAACAUGUAGGAAGGUGACGCUGAAACUCCAUUUUGAGGAUGACACGACGGACAGCCUCACCGCAGUAAUCGUUGACCCGGUAACGGGAGAUCCGAUCCCAUACGCCCCAUGGGAUGUGUCAGAAGAGAGUACCGAACAUGCCAAUCAGACAGCCCUUGAUCAGUUGUGGAACCUGAUACCAGAAAGCGAUCGUCAGGACCCGAUAGUCCAAGCGAACACACUGAUCAGCAUGAUGCGGUAUCGAGCGGAAAAAGACGAAGCCCAUUUUCGACUCACAAGAAGAAUGGAAAACGGAGCGUAUAAAACGGUGUUUUAUGACGCAAUGAAGAAACCUUUGUGGGAAGUAACGACACAGGCACCGAAUGUGGUGACCGAGCAUUUGGAAAUCAACCCGGUACAAGAAAGUGGAGCCGGAGAGAUGGCAGAGGCCUCCGUAACCGAACCGGCAGGAACGGAGAGUACCCAACGACCAUCGAAACAGGACGAUUCGGAAGAAGAAGAGGAUAAUGACGACUCGGCAGAGGAAUCAGCUGAGGAAGACGAAGCAGUCGAAGAUGAUAAUGUCCCUUCAAAAGUUGUCAUCAAACCGAGGAAAGCGGCUAAACUGGAAGAAGCCAUGAACCGUGAAAAGGUUAAGAAAGGUGACUUCCUAAAGAAACGAAGGGAAGAAGAAGAAAGAAAGAAAAAGGGUAGUGAUGAUAGCGAGAGCACAGGCACCGAGAAAAAGAAAGAAGAGAGAAAGAAAAAGGAUAAAGCGUCAUUUCACGAUGUUGAAAUUCUGAGUGAGCCAACAAGUGAAGUGGGAGAAAGGUCAACGAAACCAACAACUUUAAAGAAAUUUAUUAUCGAAUCGGCUACGUCAAAGUCAAAGGUCACCGAGCCUGAGUUGCCAGCAUCAAAAGGAAAGGUCAUAGCCGUGAAACAAGUUGUUCCGGUUGUCAUCUCGGCAUCUACUACAAAAGAGCGCAAAGAGAAAGGGAAGCGUGAGAAGGCAAAACGAGAGACGUCUCGUGAAUCGGAAGCGUCAGAAGUGAGCCUACCAAGCACUUCAACGGUUAGCACAAGGUCACAACCGGACCCGACCAGACUGAGAGGCCUAGCGGAGGCCUUGGAAAAAGCGAAAAAAGCAAAGAGCGAACCGGCUAAAUUGAAAGGAAAGAGCAAAGCAGUCUUAAAAAUUGAUGCAAUGGCGAUGGCCACCUACGCCGAACCAGAGGGCGACAGCGAACUCGAUUUCUCAGGAGAUGAAGUGGAAUUCGAGGAUCCAGACGAUGAUAACAUGACAACGGUCGACGAGAUCAUCGCAGCAUCGCACAGCGAAGGGCUGAAGAAGAAGCUGCUCGGGUCAAAGCACAAGCCCCGAAGACGCCCAAAAGAAAAGGGGCCGAUGGACUCCGAAUCGGAAGAGGACGAUGAAGAUGAUACGAAAACGACGCCUACCGAACCAGCGACAGAAAAAACUGACCAGUCUAAAGGUCAAGAGAUAUCUGGGACUAAGGCAGAAGCCCGAAUGAAAGGUCAUGAGACUCCACAAAAAGGGGCAACAGAAAAGGUCAUGCUCCCAAUGGAGAAAGCGGCAGCGGAAGCAGAAGAAGCAGCAGCCUCCGCGCGUCAGGUGUUCCAGAGAUCAUUGUUCAUAGUAUGA